AUUCAAUCACUAUUCUUAGCAGCUUUGCUAUUGGCUCCCAGUUUAACCAGUCAAAUAACGACCAGAAUGUCUCGUCACACAAAGCAGCACCUGUGAGUUUCACACACUCAAACUGUCUCCCUUAUAGCCUUCCACUUCAAAUACACGCUAUUGGACAUGAGUGUUUGGCUAGUCAAUGAAAAAUACCUCAAUCCUGAGCUAGAGUUUGCAGAUCUACAAAAAAACGUCAAGUGGAACUACAGGCCAACAUUUUGGACGUCAUAUGUAUUGUAAUUUAAUAUCUCAUUGUUAACUGAAAAUGGGUUUGCGAGGAAUUGGCUUUCUCCUGCAGUGUUACCUGAUGUUGGCAGCAGCCAUGUAUUUUGAUCUCGGAGAGCAGGAAGAAAAAUGCAUCAUCGAGGAGAUUCCUGAAGACAUGCUAGUCACCGGUUAUUUCUUGUUGGAGCCUUGGGAUUUAAAGGCGUAUUCCCACUACCCUCAACUCGGCGUCACUGUGACAGUCAGAGACCCAAACCAUGAGGUUUUGAUGUCAAAACGCUAUGGUAAAUUUAGUAAAUUCACCUUCACAGCUCACGCCUCUGGUCAGCACUACCUUUGCUUCCAAACCAAUUCCACGCGGUUUGCUGUCUUUGCUGGAGAGAAGCUGAAACUACAUUUGGACGUUCAGGUGGGAGAGCACUCGAUUAACCCCAAAACCGACAAGACCAAAGACAACAUGGAGACUUUGGAGAACAGCCUCAGCCACCUCAUUGAUCAGAUGAUGUACAUCACCAGGCAGCAGGAGUACCAGAGGGAGAGAGAGGAGGUGUUUCGUCAGAUCGGGGAGGACACCAACAGUAAAGUGCUAUGGUGGGCCGUGGUGCAGACCUUCAUUCUACUGUCAGUUGGUUUCUGGCAGAUGAAACGACUCAAAGACUUCUUCAUCGCCAAGAAGCUGGUCUGAUGAUGAACUCUGACCUGACAGCUUUAAGCCUGAUGAUCUUACUGCAUGUCCGGCCCAUACCUGUCCAAAUGUUUAAUUUUUAAAAGCAAUGUAAGGCUAGAAUAAUGAUGGAUUAUUGAUGUGACUGUUAAAAUAAAUUAAAUUACAACAUUUUAAAACUAAAAUCCACCAACACUGCUUUUAAAAUAUUGUUAGUGUACAAUAUGGAUAAUCUUGCCAAAACUAAAGUAUUUCUAAAGGUUAGCGUUGUUCUUUCUUUAUAAAAAUUAUUUUCCAUUUACCCUUUCUAUUCUUCAAAUCUGUUGCCCUUAAAACAGAAGGUAAUUGCAUAAAAUGGACUGUAAUCUUAAAUUGGGUUUAGCUAUAUUCCCACACCUGUUUACGCUUCUGUUAAAAUAAAUUGAUAACCG